CAUAAAAUUAUCCUGUCAGCGUAGGGAUCCUGUUGCACGCAUACACGCUCGACGCCAGGAGCUACACGGUUAGCAGUGUGAGAGGCAUCCAGGACGACGACGGAAAAUGUCAGUGCCGUAAAAGUCGUGCAAAAAAGUGAAAAUUUUCGGUGCAAUCUUAACACUCUCCUCACGUUUAGUUCGCUAAUCUUGAUCCCCACACGUUUUAACUUUCGGUGAAGCUGGAAAACCUACGACGGGUUCGCUGUGUGCCAUCCGAGCCGUAGCUCUGAAAAGUUCGAUUGUGGCUGUGGUUGCACUGUAGUCUGAGGAUUCGCUCGGUCGGAGGUGGUCAUCCCCCAGGUGGACCAGGAAAGCCAGCAGCCACAAACUAUGUUCAAAAGUCGUAGUGAAGGAAAUGUUGUUUAUAAGUGCACGGUUCGACUUCUGGAAGAUCUGGAUGUUUUGGAAUGUGAAUUCCAGCCACACCAUAAGGGCGGUUUUCUGCUGGACUACAUCUGUGAACAACUGGAGAUCACCGAGAAGGACUAUUUCGGGCUGCGAUUCGUAGACACUGCCAAGCAGAGGCACUGGCUGGAUCUGGCAAAAACGAUUAUCAAACAAGUAAAAGAUGUCGACCCCCUGGUGCUAUCCUUUCGUGUUAAAUUCUACCCAGCUGAUCCAUGUCGACUGACGGGCUACGGGAAGGUGAUGCUAUUCCAACAGUUGAAGCGAGAUCUCCGACAUGGCCGAUUGUACUGCUCUAUUGGGGAGGCUGCUGCACUGGGAGCACUGAUUGUGCAAGAUGAACUGGGUGAUUUCGACCCAGAGACGCACACCGGAGAGUACGUCUCAUCGCUGAAGAUUGCUCUCCGGCAAACCGAGCAGUUGGAAAAGAAGGCAAUGGAGUUGCACCGGAAGCGAGAGCCGGGACAGGAAACGACAGCAGCGUACGAUGAAUUCGUUGGGAUUGCUCGAAGCCUGGAGACCUAUGGGAUCGAUCCCCAUCCGGUGAAGGAUCACCGAGGAACCCAGCUAUACCUGGGGAUUAACUUCUCCGGCAUCAGUACAUUUGCAGCGGGGCGGCGGGCACAGCACUUCCGGUGGCCUGAGGUGCACAAAAUCAAUUUCGAGGGCAAAAUGUUCAUCAUCCACCUUGCGUACACGGAUGAUCGACGAGAAGUGAAAAAGCACACAGUUGGCUUCAAGUGCCCAUCUGGAUCUGCUUGCCGUUAUGUCUGGCGAUGUGCCAUAGAACAAAUGUUAUUUUUUACUCUUCCAACAAGCCAACAAGCAGCGGUGAUGUCCGGUGGCGGUUUCUUCUCCUGGGGUACCAAAUUCAAAUAUUCCGGACGAACUGAGCGCGAAAUUUUGUCCGAGUCCCUCAAUGCGCUUCGACAGCAGAAACUGAACAACACCAGUCCUAGCAAGAGGAAAGCCCAAAGUGUUCCGGCGACUCCUUCUAGUCCACAAGGUGAUCUAGCGGAAAUCCGUAAGUCCCGAUACAGUAGCCUUCCACGAUCGACGAUGUCGGAGCCGCUGGGCGGUUGCAACGAUCAUCACAUGGCAUCGUCUGUUUACUGCACCGAUAACCCACUGCCAACGUUGGAAACCGUGUCGGAGGAGGCGCGCAAAACGAACGGUGAAAGCAACGAUCACCUUUCGGAUUACUACUUCCGGGAUUCGUUCGACCAUUCGUCAUCCGAGUCCGGCUUCGCCACCAACGUGAUCGAGAACCGACUCGGGUCGCAUCUACUCCACCGCCAAACCUAUACUUCCGAUAACAUUUCCUCGCUGGCGAUGCACAGUAUGGCGAACAACUCCGCCCUGAUCCAGCAGCAGAACGCCAGCAACAGUGCGAAGAAUGUGAAAAAGUUUUCCCUGAUCCAGGCUUUCGUGCCGUCGUUUUUCUUUGUGGUCGUGGUCCUAGCCGUGUCGGCCGUGUACAUUUUGGAAUCCGAUUCGGACAUGUUCAGUACGAUGAAAAACUGGCCGGAGAUGAUUUGUUUGCGCUAUCAGUAUUACCAACCGUUGAAGGAGUUCCUGGCGAAAAAGUUCGGUGCUAUAUUCUGAUUCGUUUUGGUAAAGCCAGAGGGAGGAGGGUCGGAUAGAAAUGGAGACGAUGGAUACUACCCGAGGACGGUCAGCUAUGCAGAGGGUCGGGAGCUCGGGGGCAACGAUAGCCAGAUGACGCUGACGCUGACGUUACCCAUCACAAGGCAGAUGUAGAUACCGGACGAACUAGAGCACUUACGCGUGGUUAUUUACAUCGAAUCAAUAAUUUAUUAUAUGCAUAUCAGUAUUGUUGAGUAUGAGUAUUUUGAAUUAUUUCAGUAUUUAAAAGUGCUUUUAAUUCAUCGAACGGAAAUGAGUUUUAUUGUUGAUGUUCACCAGUAUUACCACCAUCGACCAACAAAUCUUCACAUAUAAUCACAAUUUGGCAUAGCAGCUGAAAAACGAACGGGUAGAGCAUGCUUUUGGUGACGCGUUUGAUUCCCGGUAUAUCUAGGAACUUUUCAUAAUGGACAUUGUUUGACUUUUUUGGGCAUAACGUAUCUUCGUGCCUCGUACACGAUAUACAAAUGCAUAAAAGCCAGUGACAGAGAAAACUCUCAGUUAAUAACUGUGGUAGUGCUGAGAAACAGGUUUGGUUCCAGUGAGGGCCUAACAUAAAAAAUUAUGUCAUAUUUUUAACACAAUUCUAUGUCAGAGAAUGAAAAUCCAAAAUUUCGUCAUUUUUGGUGCCCGGGAACUAUUUUUAAAAUGCAUUUGAAGUUUAUAUGGGGAUUUUUUUGUGCGGGGCAAACUGUCAUUCUAUCCACGGAAAAUAAAACUGUUUUGUUUAUUUACCUAUCAAAACAAAGUUAUUGGAAUGCAACAAAAUCACGUUAUACUUAGAAACCUGAGCUCCUUCUGUUAGGCUAUAGAAAGUAGCAAUAUUUUAUUCACUAAACAACUCAAUUCUGAACCAAUUGACACAAUUUUUGGAACGCGAUGAGAUACGUAUAGUAUCUAGCCGUGUACAAAAUUUCAAGUCAAUUGGUUUGGAAUCAACUGCGUUAUAGCGAAGAGUGCCCAAAAUACCGGCCGCUGACCAAGUGGUUCGCUACCCUAUGCAUAUACCUUGCUAGAAUUGAGUGAGUGUUUCCCAUGUUUGAUGUUGCAAAUUUUGAUUAGAAAAAGAAAACUAAAUGUUAUUUGAAAACUAUCACAAAUAAAUUAAGCAAAAAAAAAAAGAAAAUCGUGUUAGGUACUGUUCAUUUGAAUUCCACUAAGAAUUUGCAUCCUUUGACAGAUACGUAUUGCGACCUCAACUGUAAGGUCGUCUUCAGUGUCUUGUACUUGACUCUACGACGACUCGACGAGUCAAGUCAAGUACAAGACACUGAAGACGACCUUACAGUUGAGGUCGAAAUAUGUAUCUGUCAAAAGAUGCAAAUUCUUAGUGGAAUUGAAAGGAACAGUACUUAACACGAUUUUCUUUUUACUUACAGAUAUUCUCCUAACAAGUCCAGGUUAAUCAUCAACAAAUAAAUUGUAUUCAUGCGAAGAAAUAACGAUCUGUAUUACAUACAAUAAACUCAUUUCCGUUCAACAACAUUAUGUUAUCAAUCAUACCGACUGUUUUCGAUCCAUUCCUCAGCUUAAUUUGAUGUAAGGUGGCUUAUAGAUUCGUCACUGUUUUCAACUAUUCCAGUCAGUGCAAAUUGUUGGUAGUAUAGUUGUUUGAGCAAAACAGGCUCUCUGUCGAAGACAAAAUAUAAAACUACGAAAACUCCAUUGGAACACCCACCAGAAUAGGCCAAGCUCUUGUGAAAUUGUGCAUAAGAAAGUUUGUGUUUUGCAUGUGUCACAACGAUUGUUCAGAAAUGUACAGAUUUUUAUUAGGUGGAAUAGAAACACCCAAUGACGAAGCAAUAAGUCAUCCUAACGAGUAUUAAGUAGAAUUUGAAAUUCCAUAUUGGCAAACUUUAAGAGCUAGUAGUAGUUGCUCUGCGUGGUAAUAUAUGGGAAAAUCCAACAGUCUGGUAAUGCGCCAAAAUUAAUAAGAUACAAUUAGAGCCAUUCUAACCCUUAUGGAAAAUAAUGCAUGAACCUACCGAUCGAUGAUUGAUCAAGCAUUUAGAUUCAAAUGGAAAAUAAUAAGCAAAACAGCAAACAGAUGAAGAACAUAAAUGCACAAAUGUACAACUGCACUUACAAUUAAACAGCCAAGAUUGCCAGUAACAAGCCAUUACACGGAAACAUUAUUUGUAAGCUGGUCAACAUACCAAAAACGGCAGUGAACCAAAUGAUUCGUUUUAGAUAGGUAGCUUGUUCUUGUAAAGUAUCGCGGCAGUAGAAUGGAACUUUAGAUCAUCUUUCAAUUCAAAGAGAAACAAACAGUGUAAAUUGUAAAAAUAAAAUAACUUUGGAUAAAUCGUUUAUUAAGAGAAGAGAAUUUAUUAAUUUGAGAUAAUUAACAUUUGAAGAAAGCAGAAGGCAUUUAAUUAGAACACGCUUAAGUAUAGAGGCAGUAUUCUAUUUUUUGUGGAAGGCUUGUACGAAACGAAUCACUCCAGCCAAUAUCAAUAGCAUUCAAAUUAGAAGAUUUCAUAACCCUAGAGUGACAUAUUAUUUCCAUACGAGAUGUAACUUUUAAAAAUGAAGAAAAACAAUAAUGUUGCUUGCCUUAUUUGUUGCUGUACCUUAAGUGAGAGAAGCAAAGAAAAACGAAGAAAAAUGAGUCAUUAGUGCUACACCUAGUUAGCAAAGAAUUAUAUCGAUCAGCAGAAACGUCCAAUUCCUAGAAGAACAAAAGUUUAACCUUAAGCUACUUAGACAACUUUUGAGAUUUUCUCCUUGCGAAACUCAACCACCCAUGUAUAGCUGAUUAGCGACAAUCAAAUAAACUUUUUUGAAAAUGUUAUUUCCGAUAUUCUUUUUUGCUUUGAUUCUUCUCAAGUUGAACAUUUGAUGGACCACCUUUGAACGUCACAUCCAUAACGUGCGAGUCGCCGCAUCUCUCAUAGUAGUACAUAUCAAGUGCAGAUUAUCAGGUAUUACCAGCAUAGAGUAUUAUUUGCUGUCUUCUAACGACAUGACUUGAAACAAUUCAAAGCCAGCAUUUAUUGACCAACAGUGUAAUCAGUUCCUAAUCAGCAGCAAAACAUCAUAAACAUUUCAAAAAAGUAAAAAAAUCUUAAUUGAUUCCAGCUCAAAUGAAUGGAGUGUUCAACUUUGAGAGAAAAAUAUACUUUGCAGACAAUAGCAGUUUUGACUUAAGUUUAUAUGACUUUCCCCAAAAUUCCGGAGAACCUUCUCCCGUGAAUCAUUUCUAAUAUAGAUUCAAAACGGAUUUCCAUUUGUACAUAAAGUCACAGAGUUUCUCCCAUUUGUAGCGGAAAUCGAUGAAAGCGUGCGAUGGGAAACCGAUAGACAACAGAUGAACAACACAUGCAAUUAAAGAAACUAUAAUGAUAGAGAAAAAUGUACGACAUGAAGAUUGCUCUCGGAAAAAAAUGCAAGUAUUCAACUAGAAAGAAAGACUUUCUUUCGAAACGCACGUGAGCGUUACCUUUUUUUUUUGAAUCAACUCAAAGUACCAGUGAUUGACCGAACUAACGAAUAAGAUAAAAUGGAAAAUAGAGCGGAACAUAGAAGGAGUGAGAAGAACAACUAAGAAAAUUUGAGAUUUGGAUGUAGCACAAGAGCGCAAUAAUUCAAGAAGAGACGAUGAAGUAGGUAUUUGGAAGGGAAAUCUCCACAAUAGAAAUAAAUAUCUUCUUUCCUAA